AACUUAAUCCUGUUUCACUCCAAAACUGUCUCCACUGGUCUGUUUCUCUUCUUCUCCGCUCACUCAAUGAAUAAGCUAGUUUCAAAGCUUCGAUUUUUCUCCUCUUCUUCUUCGUCUUCGUUAAUACCUCGAUGUAGUCACAUACCUAAACCCAUUUACAACCCCUUUUAUAAUCUACUUCCCCAGACUCAAAACCCUAAUAAAAUCGUUGAUGUUAUCUGUUCAACUCUCAACCACCGUGACCAUCUCGUCUUAUUACCCAACCUUCGUGGCGAGGUCGAAACUCUGAUUCCUCAUUUGGGUUAUCCUGAAAUCUCCAGAGUUUUGCUUAGGUUUCAGUCUGAUGCUUCUCGGGCUCUUGUGUUCUUUAAAUGGGUUAAAUUUGAUUUGGGGAAGAGACCUAAUGUAGGUAACUACUGUUUGUUGCUUCACAUUCUCGCUUCGUCUAAGAAGUUUCCUUUAGCUAUGCAAUAUCUCUGUGAGUUGAUUGAUUUGACAUCUAAGGAAGAUGCAGAAGUAGGAGAAGAAGAUGUGUUCAGUGUUUUGGUUUCUGCUACUGAUGAAUGCAAUUGGGAUCCUGUUGUUUUCGAUAUGCUUGUUAAAGGUUAUCUGAAAUUGGGGUUGGUUGAAGAAGGGUUUAGGGUUUUUAGGAAAGUGAUUGUUUCCGGUUUUCGUGUUAGUGUUGUCACUUGUAAUCAUCUCUUGAAUGGGUUGUUGAAAUUGGAAUUGUUGGAUAAUUGUUGGCAAGUGUAUAAUGUGAUGUGUAGAGUUGGAAUCCAUCCCAACACGCAUACGUUCAACAUUCUUACGAAUGUGUUCUGCAACGAUUCGGAUUUUCAAGAAGUUGAUGAGUUUUUGGAGAAGAUGGAAGAAGAAGGGUUUGAGCCUGAUUUAGUUACUUAUAACACGUUAGUGAGUAGUUAUUGUAGAAGAGGAAAGUUGAAAGACGCGUUUUAUCUGUACAAGAUCAUGUAUCGGCGUCGUGUUGUGCCUGAUUUAGUUACUUAUACGUCGCUUAUCAAAGGUCUUUGUAAAGACCGGAGAGUUAGAGAAGCUCAUCAGACGUUUCACAGAAUGGUAGACAGAGGUAUUAAGCCUGAUUGUAUAUCUUACAAUACUCUUAUUUAUGCUUAUUGCAAAGAAGGAAUGAUGCAAGAAUCGAAGAAACUGUUACAUGAAAUGCUUGGGAAUAGCCUUGUUCCUGAUAGGUUUACAUGUAAGAUUAUAGUUGAAGGGUAUGUGAGAGAAGGACGGUUACAUGCUGCUGUUAAUUUUGUUGUCGAGCUUAGAAGGUUAAGGGUUAAGAUCCCAUUUGAAGUUUGCAACUUUGUGAUAGAAAGUUUAUGCCGUGAAGGCAAACCGUUUGCAGCAAAGCAUCUGUUGGAAAGACUUAACGAAGAGGAAGGUCAUGAGGCCAAACCAGAGACUUACAAUACCUUAAUCGAGUCUUUGUCCCGUUGUGAUGCUAUUGAAGAGGCAUUGCUUCUAAAAGGGAAACUCAAAAAGCAGAAUCAUGUACUUGAUGUCAAGACAUUCCGAGCUCUUAUUGGCUGCUUAUGUAGGAUUGGUAUGAACAGUGAAGCCGAGUCUUUGAUGGCGGAAAUGCUUGAUUCUGAAGUGAAACCAGACUCUUUUAUAUGUGGGGCUUUGGUUAAUGGUUAUUGCAAAGAAUUGGAUUUCGAUAAAGCCGAGAGUCUCUUGAGUUUCUUUGCUAUGGAGUUUAGAAUCGUUGACACAGAGAGUUACAAUUUGCUUGUUAAAGCAAUUGGUGACACGGGAAGUGGAUAUAAUAAAGUGUUAGAGCUUCAGGAAAGAAUGCAGAAACUUGGGUUUGUUCCAAACAGCUUAUCUUGUAAGUACUUGAUCCGAGUCUUAGAACAGCCUUCUUUGCCAAAUCAUCUACCUGAGGACUGAUGCAGCGGGCGAUGAAACUUGUAUUCCUUAUUCUUGGCCAGAUGCAUGAUUCAAAGAAAAUACACAGUUAGGGUGAGUACUGUGGAUCAUUUUAAGUGGUGGUGAAGCCUAUAGGAUCUUGCGCAAAGGGUCCAGUACUUUCUUUGCAUUCAUGAGGAAAAUGAUGUCCUUGUGAUUUAGAGGCAAGGGGUGCGUUACGGCAUGAAGCAGAGCAUUUGCCGCAGCUUCUGCUGCAGGAAGACUACCUCGAUUCCAAAGCACAAGUCUUCUCUGUUGAUCAAAAUAAGAGCCACACAAUUCCGAUCGGUAUGUUCACAUGAAACCAAGAUCAUCCAGAUAACAGUAAUGUUGAGUAGUUGGAACUGAAGAAUGCUCCUGAAACUGUUGCAGAUUGCCUCCAAUUGUGUAUAGUCUGUACUAAGAGCUUUAGAAGUGUCUUCUGAUCUUUGUCUUGUACUCUGUCUUCUGAUUUAGUGUGUUGCAUGCGUUUGAAAGUAAAAGUACAAUACUUUGUGUAGUUGCAGCAAUUUCUUUGUCA